AUGCCAGUCCGCGAAGGCUCCCUCUUCGGCCUGGGAACCAUUCUCAAAGUCGUCAAAAUCAGCAAAGCUAGCAGACUCCUGGAAGCAAACUUCUCACGCUUCCAAAAGAUGCAGACCAAGACCUUCUCGAUGAUGACAAACGGACAGUCCGUGAUUUACACCAUUGAUCCUGAGAAUGUCAGAGCGAUGUUGGUCACACAAUUCGACUCUUGGGAAUUGUCCGCAUUGAGGAAGACAGCAUACACUCGUUUACUCGGACAUGGUAUCUUCACGACCGACGGGGAUGCUUGGAAGCAUUCUAGGGCAAUGCUGAAGCCCAGUUUCACCCGCGGCGAGAUUGGUAAUGUGGAGAUGUUGGAACGACACUCUGAGAGUUUGAUCAAAGCCAUCCGACUGCAGCAAGAUCAGAAUUCUGUCGAUCUCGGUGACCUGUUCUUUCGCAUGACCACCGACUUUGCCACGGAGUAUCUUUUCGGUGAACCGACAGAGUCACUGGAGAGAGGCGUGGAAGAUGGGUUUUGUGAAGCAUUCAGUGGAGGUCUGAAGUAUAUUGGAAAGCUCUCGAGAGUUGGUCGUCUUGGUCUGUUCUUCGGUCGCACCAAGUUCCAAGCAGAGAGAAGAUAUCUAUACAACUUCAUCGAUCGCUAUGUUAGGCGGACACUGGAAGACGCCAAGGAUGGAGCAAAGUUUCCGUCGCGCCAUACCUUCUUGCACGAGCUUUCACGGCAAACAAACGACGUCGUCAGAAUUCGAACGGAGCUGUUGAAUAUUCUGAUUGCAGGUCGGGACACAACUGCGAGUCUGCUGACCAAUACCUGGCACGUUCUCUCCCACAGACCCGACAUUGUCGCACGUCUGCGAAAGGAAAUCGCCUCAGAUCUUCCUCCUCAGAAACGUCCGACUUUCGAGGAGUUGAAGAAUUUGACAUAUCUCUCUGCGGUCUUCAAAGAGUCUCUGCGACUCCAUCCUGUAAUUCCACUCAACACUCGCGAGGCUACAGUUCCGACGACAUUGCCCAAAGGUGGAGGACCCGAUGGUACACAGCCAGUCUUUGUAGCAAAGGGGCAGCCGGUGAUCUACUCGUCAUAUGCUAUGCAGCGAGAUAAGAACGUGUUCGGUGACGAUGCAGAGGAGUUUCAUCCAGAAAGAUGGCUUGACACCGAUGAAGGGAAGGGAAUCAGGCCAGGCUUUUCAUACAUGCCAUUCAAUGCUGGGCCUCGAAUUUGCUUGGGGCAGCAAUUGGCAUUGAUGGAAGCAAGCUAUGUUACUGUGCGCUUGCUCCAGGAAUUUGAGUCGAUCGAGGCGAGGGAUAAUCGUCCUUGGACCGAAGAGAUUGGAGUGACAUGCGUCAACAAGUAUGGAGCAAAGGUAGCGCUGGCGUAG